AUGGCCUCAAUAAGGCCUCGUAUCGUCCAGGUGGAGUAUGCUGUGCGUGGAGAGAUCGUGCGGAGGGCUCAGGAGAUAGCAGAGGACCUGGAGAAGGGCCACGGGGAACACCCAUUUGACAAGGUGGUGUGGUGCAACAUCGGCAACCCCCAGAUCUUGGGGCAGAAGCCCAUCACCUACUUCAGACAGGUCCUCUGCCUCUGCGAAUACCCAGAGUUGCUGAAGCACCCAGAGGUGACGGCGCUGUUCCCUGCUGAUGUCAUUAAGAGAGCAGAGCAGUUUUUGGCCGAGAUCCCUGGUGGCCUGGGUGCCUACAGCGACAGCGCGGGCGCCGCCGUCUGCCGCCGCCAGAUCGCGGCCGCCAUCGAGCGCCGCGACGGCGUGCCCUGCGACAUGAGCGAGCUGUACCUCACGGACGGGGCGUCACCGGGUGUGCACUACCUAAUGGAGAUGCUGAUCCGCGACAGCAGCGACGCGUGGCUGGUGCCCAUUCCGCAGUACCCGCUGUACAGCGCCACCCUCACCCUGUACGGCGGCCAGCUGGUGCCUUACGAGCUGGACGAGGCCGCCGGCUGGGGCCUCAACACGGCCGCGCUGCAGCAGCAGCUCGCCGCCGCGCGGACGCGGGGGCUGUGCGUGCGCGGUCUCGUAGUAAUUAACCCCGGCAACCCCACCGGCCAGUGCCUGUCGCUUGAGAACCAGGAGGAGAUCGUGAAGUUCUGCGUGCAGCACGGCCUCGUGCUCAUCGCCGACGAGGUUUACCAAGCAAACAUCUACGCCCCCAACCGCUCCUUCCAUUCUUUCAAGAAGAUCGCCCACCAGCUCAGGGCCCCCUGCCCCCUGGUGUCCCUGCACAGCACGUCCAAGGGCUUUGUGGGAGAGUGCGGGCGGCGCGGCGGUUACAUGGAGGUUUUGAAUUUUCCGAGGGAGAUCCACGAGCAGAUCCUGAAGCUGGCGUCCAUCAACCUGUGCCCCAAUGUGUCAGGCCAGAUCUGCUGCACACUCAUGAUGACGCCACCAGAGGAGGGGGACCCAAGCCACGAGCUGGUGCGCUAA